AUGCUAAUCAAGAAAUCCAAUAUUAUAAAUUUAGAUACUAUUAAAUUUUAUGAGAUCAAAUGUUAGCGUCAAUAUGAAUAUAGUACAAAUUUAAUUUAAAACGAAAAUGAUGAUAAUUGUAAAGAAAAAGCUUCAAAAAUUUAAAUAUUAUGUAAAAGGUUUGAAUACAAUCAAAUAGGAAAUUACACUGUUAUUAAAGACCUUGAUCAAGCAGGAAGAAUUGCAGGAUUCAUUAUUCUAAAAGAAUAUAAUUUUUUAUUUAGUCAUUAUGAAAUCAAAUUUGUAAAAGAUUGCCUAUUUUCCAAAAAUUCAUAGUUAUGUGUGAUCAUAUCAUCCAAAUAUAUUUCAAUCUAUUAACUUGAAAAUUUCAAGUUGAUAGUUAAUCAAAACAUUGAUUGGGGUUACUACUACAAAUUUGGAGCAAUUACACCAGAUUCUAAGUAUUUAAUUGCAAAUACUCAAGAAAAUACAAUCAUUUUAUAUUGCUUAUAAAAGUAAACAUAAAUUUUUACGAUUUACUAAUCUAAACCUAAUUUUAGUUAGAUUUUUGUUUCAAGAACAAAUAAUAUAAUGUUAUCAAUAAAAUUUGGAUCACAAUAGGUAAGAAGAUGGUAGAUAUAGGAUGAUAAAAUAAAAUAUUAAACUUAAUUUUACCUUAAUCAGACCUAUACUCUUAAUUAUGUUACAAAACAUUUUAUAUUAGUUAGAAGACUAUUUAAAUCAUUUGAGAGUAAGUAUUGCAUUUUUUCUAAUCUAAAUAAGUAAAGAAAACUUAUUAGAACUAUAAAAUGCUCAUUUUUUGAAAAUUUAUAAAUGGAUCCAAAUUGUGAAUCCAAGAUUUUGAUUAGUGAUGGGAAUAAAUUAUUAUUUUUAACUUAAUACAAAUUUUAUUGUAUUUAAACAGGACGUUUUAUAUAGGCUUCAAAUGAAUAUAGCAAAUUAAUUUCAAAACCAAAUAUUGAAAUUUCUGAUAAUCAAAUGAAAAUUGAAUAUUAUUAGAAAGAAUCCUGA